AUGCAGCCGAUAGGCUCCGGCGACGAUGUGGAGGAGUGGCACGCCGGCGACGAUGACGAUGACGGAGGCGCGGAUGCGGUUGCUGAUGCGGCGGCGGAUGCGACGGUAGAAGCUCAGGCGGCGGGUGCAGAUGCGGAGGCGGAAGCAGAUGCGGAUGCGGAGGCGGAUGCAGAUGCGGAUGCGGAGGCGGAUGAAGAUGCGGAUGCGGAGGCGGAUGCAGAUGCGGAGGCCGAAACAGGCGCAAAUACGGCUGCUGUUGUGGUGGCGGAGGCGGGUGAUGGCCGUGAUGCUGUCUUCUUCGAAGGCGAGGACGACGCGGACGACCCAUGGCGCGUCUCGUCAGAUGAUGACGUGCCUCUGUUGAAGAGGCGGCUGCGUCACAGCCUAGGCGUGUCCCGGAAAAAAACCCGGGUGCUGCUCUCGGACGACGACAGCCCGGAUGAGGAGCGGCGACCCCGCGUCCCUGCUGCUGACAAGGGGAAGGCUAAGGUGGUUGAGGUUCCUGCUAAGGUCGCCCCUCGCGUCGGACAGAGCAAGAAGAAGUGGAAGGACGAUGGCGACCCGGGUUCAAGCAAAGGCGCGAAGAGGCAGAAGAAGAAGGCUGUCAAGAACAAGGACGACAUCUUGGUAAACGAGGCGCAGGGCAGUGACGACGACUACGCGGAGGCUGCAGGCCCCAUGCCUUCAUUCCCUGAGAAGGCGAAGCCAAAAGACCCCACCAUCUGGAACCUGAGGAGACCCCCGCAUCCCGUGGUGCUGCAGUGGAUAGCGGAGGCGUGGGAUCAAGUCCCUAGGCAGGUGAUCAUUGACGCGUUCCGUCACUGCGGCAUCUCAAGCAAGCUGGAUGGGACCGAGAACCAUCUGGUGAUGUCCCACCUGCGCGCCAGGAGCACCACCGAUGUCACCGAAGACAUGUGCCUCGGGGGCACCACGGGCGACAACACGCGCCUGCUUGGGAACGCUCCCGAGGAGGAGGAGGAGGAGGAGAUGCAGGCGGAGGGCGUGAAAGAGGUGGCCGUGGCCACCGGCCUGGAGGUGCUGUACCAGGAGACCCCUCACUACCGGGGAGCGGCGGCCGAGGCUGACCGCAUGAUCGAGCCCGUGCAGACAGCCAGACACGCCUGGCGAGUGCCAGACUUGGGGAUGCAGGAGCCACCAUCUACUAGUGCAGAUGAGGGCGUAACAGAGGGGGGCUAG